AUGCAGAUCAAAGGGGGCCCACGGUGGGCAAGACGGGCCCUGCUCCUCGGCCUCCUCUGGGCUACUGCACACUUGCCUCCCCCAGGGGUCUCCCUGGCUCGGCGUCUCCCAAGGGCUACAGGAAAUAGCACCCAGUGUGUUAUAUCCCCAUCAUCGGAGUUUCCUGAGGGGUUUUUCACGAAACAGGAACGUGCAGAUGGAGGUAUCAUAAUCUACUUCCUAAUUAUCCUUUACAUGUUCAUGGCUGUGUCGAUUGUCUGCGAUGAGUACUUCCUACCGUCCUUGGAAAUCAUCAGUGAAUCCUUUGGACUGUCCCAGGAUGUUGCAGGUGCAACUUUUAUGGCAGCCGGUAGUUCAGCUCCUGAAUUAGUUACUGCUUUUCUAGGUGUAUUUAUCACAAAGGGCGAUAUUGGCAUUAGCACCAUUCUUGGAUCUGCAAUCUAUAACCUCCUUGGUAUCUGUGCAGCCUGUGGCUUACUAUCUAAUGUGGUUUCAACGCUAUCAUGUUGGCCCCUAUUCAGAGACUGUGCGGCAUAUGCUAUCAGUGUUGCAGCACUUCUUGCCAUAAUAUUUGACAACCAAGUUUACUGGUAUGAAGGAACUUUACUGCUUUUGAUAUACGGAUUAUAUGUUGUGGUGCUGUGUUUUGACAUUAAAAUUAAUCAGUAUAUUAUAAAGAAAUGCAGUCCUUGCUGUACCUGUCUUGCCAAAGCAAUAGAAGAGAGAAGUGAACAACAGCCACUGAUGGGAUGGGAAGAUGAGAAUCAACCAUUCAUCCGCAGGCAAUCAAGAACUGACAGCGGAGUAUUUCAUGAAGAUUCUGGCUACUCCCAACUUUCAUUAAGUUUACAUGGUCUUAGUCAGGUUUGUGAAGAUCCGCCAAGUGUUUUCAACAUGCCUGAAGCAGACUUAAAAAGAAUUUUUUGGGUACUAUCCCUUCCCAUUAUUAUACUACUUUUUCUAACCACACCAGAUUGUAGAAGAAAGUUUUGGAGAAAGUAUUUUGUGAUAACAUUUUUUAUGUCAGCACUGUGGAUAUCUGCAUUUACAUAUAUCCUGGUUUGGAUGGUCACAAUAACUGGGGAAACAUUAGAAAUUCCAGAUACAGUAAUGGGUCUUACUUUAUUAGCAGCAGGAACAAGCAUACCAGACACGAUCGCAAGUGUGUUGGUUGCAAGAAAAGGCAAAGGAGAUAUGGCUAUGUCUAACAUCGUGGGAUCCAAUGUCUUUGAUAUGCUAUGCCUAGGUAUUCCAUGGUUUAUUAAAACUGCAUUUAUAAAUGCAUCUGCUCCUAUAGAAGUGAACAGUAGAGGACUAACUUACAUAACCAUCUUUCUCAACAUUUCAAUUGUUUUCCUUUUCUUAGCAGUUCACCUCAAUGGCUGGAAACUAGACAGAAAGUUGGGAGUAGUCUGUCUGUUACUGUACUUGGGGCUUACAACAUUAUCAGUUCUAUAUGAACUUGGAAUUAUUGGGAACAAUAAAGUAAGGGGCUGUGGUGAUUAA